UUCAGUUUGAAGAACCUAUUUAUGGUACGAUUGAUCUCAAUUAUGCGGAUUACAUGGCACCAGCAUACAUGUUAACACUUAUCUUCUUUUUAGCCACUACAGUCUCUACUACCUUAAUAAUUACAGAUCGGAUGGAGGGUGUCUGGGAUCGAAGCGUAGUCCAAGGGGUCAAGACAGAAGAUAUUCUGCUAUCUCACAUUCUUAUUCAGAGCAUCAGCAUAGCUAUCCAUACUGCUAUGAUAGUGCUUUUAUUCUUUCCUGUAUGGGGUUUAGAAUGCAAAGGAUCAAUAUUUACUGUAAUAAUCCUCACAUUUCUCAUCGGUUUUUGCGGACUAAUGCAUGGUUUCAUUAUUUCUGUUAUGUGUAAAGAUCACACUAUGGCGCAUUACUGCUCGGUUGGAAGCUUUUUCCCGUUAAUAGUAAUGUCCGGAUGUAUAUGGCCGGUGGAAGGAAUGCCAAAAGGACUUCGCUGGAUUAGCUAUGCAUUGCCAACUACGUUACCCUCUAUAUCUUUAAGAGGAGUCAUCUAUAAGGGUUAUUCCAUAUCCGAAUCACAAGUUUAUAUUGGCUUUUUACUAAGUGCAGGAUGGAUAUUAUGUUCUUUUAUGGUGACUGUACUUGGUGUAAGAUCGAAGUCCUCGUGACAAUUUUAGAAAACUCUUACGAUAAUUUCUUAGAAAGGAAACAGAGGCAGUUUCGCA